CAGUGACACACAAGAGAGAGAGAGAGAGAGAGAGAGAGAGUGACCAGCACCAUGGAUGCCGAAAUAGCCCAGAAAACCUGGGAGCUCGAGAACAACAUAGUCCCGAUGGACACGCCUCCGUCCGGCGGCGCGGCGAGGACGAAGACGGACCCGUCGGCCGACGCCAUAUUCUACUACGACGAGGCGGCGCAGACCAAGUUCCAGCAGGAGAAGCCGUGGGUUAACGAUCCCCACUUCUUCAAGCGCGUCAAGAUCUCCGCACUCGCGCUCCUGAAGAUGGUCGUCCACGCGCGCUCGGGCGGCACCAUCGAGGUCAUGGGCCUCAUGCAGGGCAAGACCGACGGCGACGCCAUCAUCGUCAUGGACGCCUUUGCUUUGCCGGUUGAGGGCACCGAGACUAGGGUCAAUGCCCAGGCCGAUGCCUAUGAGUAUAUGGUCGAUUAUUCCCAGACUAACAAACAGGCGGGGCGACUGGAGAAUGUUGUUGGAUGGUACCAUUCUCACCCUGGUUAUGGAUGCUGGCUUUCGGGUAUUGAUGUUUCAACUCAGAUGUUAAACCAGCAAUUUCAGGAGCCCUUCUUGGCUGUUGUUAUCGACCCAACUCGGACAGUGUCUGCUGGAAAAGUUGACAUCGGUGCAUUCAGGACAUACCCAGAGGGAUAUAAGCCUCCAGAUGAUCCCAUCUCCGAGUAUCAGACUAUUCCUCUUAACAAAAUUGAGGACUUUGGUGUGCACUGUAAACAGUAUUACUCUCUGGAUAUCACUUAUUUCAAGUCUUGUCUUGACUCCCACCUCUUGGAUCUGCUCUGGAACAAGUAUUGGGUGAAUACUCUCUCUUCCUCACCUUUGUUGGGUAAUGGAGACUAUGUUGCAGGACAAAUUUCGGAUUUAGCUGAAAAGCUGGAGCAAGCAGAGAAUCAUUUGUCUCAUUCCCGCUUUGGACCAUUAGUAACACCCACACAACGAAAGAAGGAUGAAGAAUCACAACUUGCUAAAAUUACUAGGGAUAGUGCAAAGAUAACUGUGGAGCAGGUGCAUGGUCUGAUGUCACAGGUUAUCAAGGACAUUCUUUUCAAUUCCGUACAGCAAUCCAACAGAUCCAACACUGAACCAUCUGGUCCUGAACCAAUGAUUGAAAGUUGAUUUUAGCAUUCUGGUGGCAGCAACAACUGAUCCUUGAUCCAUUUACCUGUCUGCAGUUGAAUUUUGAUCCAGUCCGGGUUUCGGUUUAUAGACUGAUAUUUGAGUCCAUUGUUGCUUGCUACACUUUUGUAAAUCCCUGAGGCUCCCUGCGGUGUUGAUGGUGAUUUUAUAGGGAUUGCCAUUUUGCUAAUUCUAGAAUUUAUAUAUCUAUUGUGUUUGGUGCAUGUUGACAAAGCUAAUCGGUAUAUUGUAAGUAGGCCUUUAUCACCUCGUAUGGUCUUUACUAGGUUUGCUUUGCUUUACUUUA